AUGUAUUUUUAUUUAAUUAAUUUAUUUAUUUUAAUUAAAUUAAUUAAUUCCCAAGACUUAUUUACAUCUUCUGCAGAAUUACAACAAUUAGUACAUGUAGAAAAAGAAAUUCCAAAAAUUAUAGAAAAUUAUAUUUUAUUGGAAAAUAAACGUUUAGAAAAUUUAAAAAGUAUAUCAAAUAAAUAUUUAAAAGAAGAAAGUGAACUAUAUGAAUUAGAACCAAAAAGUGUUUUGAAUCCUUUAAAUGCUUUUAGAGUAAUAAAAAAAUUAGUAGAAACAUGGGAAGAAAUUUCAAAUGAAAUUCAAUCGGAUUUGGCCGAAAAUUAUUUAAAAAAUAUUUCAAAUCAAAGAGAAACUCGCUUUCCUACUGAGGUGGGUCUUUUUUUAUUAAAUGAAGAAAUUGAAGAAUAUACGAGACUUUUAAAACAAACAGUUUUGAACUUAGAGCAACCAAAAAUAACGGAGAGAAAUGAUAACCUUAGAAUUGGGUCAGCAAUCUCCCAUAAUAUUUUUUUAAUUUUUAAAAAGGAGGAUUUAAAUGGAGCAAUUCAAGGAUUAUUACGUUUACAAGAUACUUACACAUUAAAAACUAAAGAUUUGGCUAAUGGACUUGUUGAGGAUAUUAAUAUAAACAAACAAAUGGAUGCAAAGGUUUGCUAUGAAAUAGGUUUGGCUGCAUAUAAUGAAGAGGAUUAUUAUCACUCAAUAUUAUGGAUGAAAGAAGCAAAUGAACGAUAUUAUUUACCCGAAAAAGAAUCAAAAGAAAUUAACAAAUCUGAUAUUUUAAAUAUUUUGUCAAUUUCUUUAUAUAAACAAGGAAAUUUAAAGAGAGCUUUAAUUAUUAACGAUAAUUUAAUUGAAUUAGAUCCUUUAUAUCCAAAUGCAACAAAUAAUUCAAAAUUAUAUGAACAAGAAUUAUUAGCUAAUGGAGUUAAUGAAGAAGAUUUUCGUUUAAAUAUACCUCCAUUAAAUAAUUAUAGAUGGGGAAACUUGACAAAGAAUAAAAAUGAAACUGAUAAUAUUCAAUUAAAUAAUACCUCAAUAAAAGAAGAAGAAAAAGAUGAUUCUGUAGAUAUAGAUGAUCAAUUACUAUAUGAAUCAUUAUGUAGAGAUGAAGUUUCUUUGAAUAUAACAGAAAUAUCCAAACUUUAUUGUUAUUACAAAAUGGAUCGUCCAUUCCUUCGAUUAGCCCCAAUUAAAGUUGAAAUAAUUCGAUUCGAACCUUUAGCUGUUAUAUUUCGUAAUGUUAUUGCUGACGAAGAAAUUGAAAUAUUAAAAAAGUUAUCUAAGCCAAAACUUAGACAGGCGAAAGUUCAGGAUCCAAAAACUGGAAAUCCAAUGACGGCUUCCUACAGAAUUAGUAAAAGUGCUUGGCUAAGAAAUAAUGAAAAUCCAACGACAUUAUCAAUAGAUAAACGUAUAGGAAUGAUGACAAGUUUAGAUAUGGGAAGAACUGAACAGUUACAGAUUGGAAAUUACGGAAUUGGUGGACAUUAUGAAUCCCAUUAUGACUUUGCAUUGGAGGAUGAAGCAAUAACAGAGACAUCUAUUAAUUCAAUUUCUAAUGGAAAUAGAAUUGGAACAGUUCUUUUUUAUUUAAGUACACCAGAAAAGGGUGGAUAUACAGUUUUUACUGAUUUAAAAACUGUAGCUAAACCAACUAAAAAUGAUGCUCUUUUUUGGUAUAAUUUGUGGAGAAGUGGAAAGGGUGAUAUGAGAACGAGGCAUGCAGCCUGUCCUGUUUUGCUGGGAGAUAAAUGGGUUUCGAAUUCUUGGUUACACGAAAGAGGGCAGGAAUUUGUCCGUCCUUGUGGUUUAGAUCCAUCAAUACAAGAACGCUAUGUUGGUGAUUUGGGGGGUCCUGAGCCUAAAAAUUAUCCAAAUAUAUCACCAUAUUGA